AUUUGGCUUGAUCUUAUUCAAUUCUGGUUUCGCCACAACUUGAUCAUCCAGCAACUUUCAUUCCAACAACUGUGGGUGGUGUGAGGCAGGGAGGCUUUCUACGGGGUGGGCUGGGCGCCACGCCCUGCGCGCCCCAGGGGCCCUAGGAGAGGACCCAGGAGAGAAGCCUGGCUCCUUUUGCCUGAGACGAGUCCGGGGCGCCAUGUUAACCGGUCUGAAGUCCCACCCGCUUUCUGGGACUCCUCAGCCACCGGCCGCUCCAGGCACCUGAGGACGCCGGACGACCUCUGGACACGGCGCGCUUGCAGCGAUCUUGGACUGGUCUCUGACCUCGACCUUAGGAUCCCCCGCUCCGAUUCCAAGAUGUCAGCGACGCUGCUCCUGGAGCCCGCGGGCCGCUGCUGCUGGGACGAGCCGGUGCACAUCGCCGUGCGCGGCCUAGCUCCGGGGCAGCAGGUCACGCUGCGCGCGUCGCUGCGCGACGAGAAGGGCGCGCUCUUCUGGGCCCACGCGCGCUACUGCGCGGACGCCCAUGGCGAGCUGGACUUGGAGCGCGCGCCGGCGCUGGGCUGCAGCUUCGCCGGGCUCGAGCCCAUGGGGCUGCUCUGGGCCCUGGAACCCGAGAAGCCUUUUUGGCGCUUUCUGAAGCGGGACGUACAGAUUCCGUUUGUCCUGAAGCUGGAGGUGCUGGACGGCCACGACCCCGACCCUGGACGGCUGCUCUGCCAGGCGCGACACGAGCGCGACUUCCUCCCUCGGGGGGUUCGGCGCGAGCAGGUGCGUGCGGGCCGGGUGCGCGCCACGCUCUUCCUGCCGCCAGGACCUGGGCCCUUCCCAGGGAUCAUUGACAUCUUUGGUAUUGGAGGCGGCCUGCUGGAAUACCGAGCCAGCCUCCUUGCUGGCCAUGGCUUUGCCACGUUGGCUCUAGCUUAUUAUAACUUUGAAGAUCUCCCCAGGAACUUGGACAUCAUACCUCUGGAGUACUUUGAAGAAGCCCUGUGCUACAUGCUUCAACAUCCCCAGGUAAAAGGCCCAGGCAUUGGGCUUUUGGGCAUUUCUCUAGGAGCUGAUAUUUGUCUCGCAAUGGCCUCAUUCUUGAAGAAUGUCUCAGCCACAGUUUCCAUCAAUGGAUCUGGGACAAGUGGGAACAGAGGCAUAAACUAUAAGCAGAUUAGCAUUCCGCCAUUGGACUAUGACCCGAGGAGAAUCAAGGUAGCUUUCUCAGGCCUCAUGGACAUCGUGGAUAUAAGGAAUGACCCUGUAGGAGGAUAUGAGAACCCCAGCAUGAUUCCAAUAGAGAAGGCCCAGGGGCCCAUCCUGUUCAUUGUUGGUCAGGAUGAUCAUAACUGGAGGAGUGAGUUGUAUGCCCAAACAAUCUCUGAACGGUUACAGGCCCAUGGAAAGGAAAAACCCCAGAUUAUCUGUUACCCUGGGACUGGGCAUUACAUCGAGCCUCCUUACUUCCCCCUGUGCCCAGCCUCCUUUCACACAUUAGCGAACAAACAUGUGAUGUGGGGUGGGGAGCCCAGGGCUCAUUCUAAGGCCCAGGUGGAUGCCUGGAAGCAAAUUCUAGCCUUCUUCUGCAAACACCUGGGAGGUACCCAGAAAACAGCUUUCCCCAAAUUGUAAUGCAUUUGUCUGUUGUUGACAUGAGAGAGUCAAGAUCAGAUUCUAGGGUUCAAUAACCCUAUGUGAAUCAGCUGUCUCCUGUAUAACAUUAAAGCCAUAUCUUUGUCAUGAA